UCUUACAAAUACAAAAGGUGCUCAGCAAAAACCAAUAUCUUACCUGUUUUGAGUUAACCUCAAUUUAUUCAAAAUACGUCCGAGUGUUACCCGUUUUUCAUUGUUCUGAAUAGUUUCAAGUUUUUGUUUUGUUUUGUUUUGAAAUUGCAGGUUAAAUAAAUAUUGACAAGAUUAACAACUCUACGUGAAUUGAUUACCAAGAAAAAUUAUUCAAGAAAGUGAAAAAAAAAAACGUUACAAGCUUUAUGAGGACUUAACUUCAAACAAAGCUCAAUUUACAUCAAACAAGAUGUAUAAAUUUAUCAUAUUAUCAUUACUGAUAAUAGUCUGUACCGGUGAUAACACCGGUGACGUACAAAUCAAAUGUCCACGCGAUUGUGUCUGCGAAGAUACCACAUCAACAGCCACAUGUCGAUUUAUCGAUGAAAAUUAUCAACAAUUCGGUGAAACAAAUAUUAAAACAUUGGUCAUUCGAGACAACCUCACCUACAAACCACGUAUUCAGCUCACACCGAAUAUCUUUAAGAAUAUUGGAUUGAAAUACGCCCAAAAAAUUGUCAUCUCGAAUGUGACAAUCGAUUCGAUCGAUGAAAACACAUUCGCUGACUUGGAAUAUUUAACAAGUGUCGAAUUACAACAUGCAAACAUUUCGAAGUCGAAUAUACACAUGUUUAAAGAAGUUUUUAACACCAACACGACUAAACAUUUAAAGGCAAUCGAUUUGAGUCAUAAUCGAAUCGGAAAUGAAUUAUUUAAUUCGAAUACCUGCGAGGAAUUAAUGUUACAGAAUAAUGAAAUCGAAGUACUUGACGGGAAAACAUUUAACGGAUUGUUAAAUUUAAUUUACAUCAAUUUAAAAAACAAUCAAAUCCAAAAAAUCGAUGUAAUGACUUUUAAAAAGUUAAUCAAUCUCGAAGAAAUCGAUUUAUCGAACAAUCAUAUCAAAACAAUCCCCUUACUUCUAUUCACAACAAACACGGAACUCAGUUACUUAAAACUGAUUAAUAAUCCGUUAGCGACACCAAUCGAACAAUCGAUUAUCAAUUCCGAAAGUUUAGAAACAUUAGACUUAAAUAACAGCGAUUUAACGGAUAUCAGUGAACAUAUGUUCAUACAAAUACCGAAUAUAAUCGAUUUAAAAUUACAAUCGAACAUGAUUCGAACGAUUCACGAGAAUGCAUUUAAACAUUUAACGGAAUUAUACGAUUUAGAUUUAUCGGAUAAUCAAAUACAAGAAUUACCGGAAAAUCUUUUUAAAUAUAACCUCGAAUUAAAGUUGUUAAACGUUAGUAAUAAUUACGAUUUAACGAAUUUACCAUCAAACGGUUUUAACAUACUUGUUGGGUACACAUUCGAUAUAAACACGUUCGAUGUAUCGUUUUGUUCGAUUCAAAACUUAACAAGUCGAGUUUUCGAUCGUAUGGCUGCGUUAACUGAUUUAUAUUUAAACGAUAACAACUUAAGUCAUUUACCCGAGGAUAUUUUCGAACACUUAUACUCCUUGAAAUAUAUCAACUUGGCAAAUAAUAAACUUUCUACAUUACCGACCAAUCUAUUCAGGAAUAAUUUUAAUUUGAAUCAUUUAAAUUUAUCGAAUAAUCGAAAUAUUAAGGUCGUUACGUUAAAUAUGUUUAAUUCGUUACAAAAUUUAAUUAUUUUGGAUUUAAGUCAAUGUGGUUUGAUUAGCACAAUCGAGUGGACCUCCCCCGCCGGACAUGAUCGAUUGGUUAGCCUUAAAUAUUUAAACAUCUCGAAUAAUUACAUAACCGAAUUAGAUGGGGACAAGUUCAUGGAUUAUAUUCCAAAUGUAAUCAAUAUCGAUUUAACUGGUAAUCAAUUGCAGUGUAAUCAACAAUUUACAUCGUUCCUACAAUCGUUAAUCGCGCAUAAUGUACAAGUUGAGAUUAAUCGUGAACAAUCUGAGGACUUGGAUAAGAAAUCACGAUGGAAUUUACUUACAAAAACUGUUUGUAAAGAUGAACCAAUCGUUCAACAAAUUCCAAGCACAAAUCAAACGAAAAUCGAUAAUAAAAUCGAUAACGAUAACGAUAACAAUGAUGAUAUCGAUGAUGAAUACUAUGAUGGUGAUUUCUCUGAAGAUGAAGAUGAGGAAGAUGAAAGUAACGAUACGUAUGAUGAGACGAUUUCAUCAUCCACGAUUGCCUCGAACGAUGAUUUCGAUUCAGAUGAAGAUGACGAAGAAGAAGAUGAAAUUUUACUCGAUAGUUAUUAUUUAAAUAAAGAUUAUAGCAAUUACACGAAAGUCUUAAUGUUUUUAGUUGGUGCGAUAACAUCCGCCGCGAUUGUAUUCCUUUUAUCGUGGUGUUCAAUCGUUUUAUAUCGACGUCGAUUGGCGAACAAUAAGUACAAUCAAAACAUCAAUAAUAUUAUAACGAAAACGUUACAACAACCGUACAACAAUGGAAGUGAUUCGUUUAAAACGAAGAAAGAUUGUGGUCUGGUUUAUAAACAAUUGUCUGAAGAAUUAACUCCACAACAAUCGAACACAACAAAUUCAACUUCAAUGAUUAAUCCAUCAGUGAUAUUAACACGAUUAUAUUCGAUAAUCAAUCAUCAAAAUGCGUCUGCGACUUCACGUUAUCAACAGAUUCAACCAGAAGAUCAACAAUUACAUCAAUCAACAAUUACAAUUACAACAAUUAAUCAAUAAAAAUCUAUUACUUACUUUCCAAAAUUUUUAUUUAGCUCAAUCAAUUUGUCGAUGUCUCUGUUAACCUCUAAAAUACAUUCUUCUAGGGCGGGGAAUCCCCACGUCUUUUUUGUCGUCAACGGGGGAUUGUCUACUUUUAUCUAAAGAAAAGAAAUAUUUCGAAAUGUCAAGUUCCCGAAAACGAAAGAAAUGAAGGCGAAAAACUGAGUUAUAUAUCGAAAUCUCGACAAAUUGACUGAGUUAAUUGUUGAUCAUAAUUUUAUUGUUAUUUUUACAGUGAAAUUCGUUUUGGGUCGACAGAGGGUCAGCCUGUUACACCAAAAACAAUUAGUACAAAGA